AUGGGCAUGCAAGCAGCCAUCAACACCCGUCGAGACAUCGCGACUCAAGGCCCGCCUCCGAUAGCCGCCCCGCCCGUUCCCGAUGGCCCCAUCCACUACUCGUUCAACGUCCCGUUCGCCUCCGACUUGGCCGGCCCCAAUACCGAGGACAUCCUUCACGCUACUACCGACGCCGUGCUCCGAUGGACGCACCCCGAGGAGGCCCCCGAUGAUGUUCCCGUUCACGAGCUGCCCGUCCAUGCUAUGAACCUGGCCCAGCUGCGUCACGACUGUAUGGAGAUUACCUCGAACCCAUUGCCCAUCGAAGCCCACGUUCUCUCCACCACCCCCAAGAAUGUCAACGGCCAGGUCACCACUGUGUGUCUGUCUGGCGCCCCCGACCUAGUCCAGCAAACGAGGGAAAGCCUCCUGAACAACACGCCGCUCUCAUUGCGUUGCACGACUGUCGUUGCGGACGGGCAUCUCGUCGCCAAUCUCUCGGAGGGUGUUCUCAAGAAGUCGGUGACAGACUUCCUGGACGAGACGUCGGCGUUUUGCGGGGUCGACAUCUUUCUGCUCGGCCCCAAGCUCACCCCCCUGACCGGCGGUCUGAACGGCGAUGUAGACCUGUUGAGGGACCAGCGCUGGCGGGUAGCCAUCUACGGUGACUACCUGUCGUCCGAGCAUGCCAAGACCCGUGUGCUCAUCCACAUUGACCAACUCCUUGGGAGAAUUGUCGAUGCCACCCUCUUCGAGCCGUCGAUGCACCAGCUCCUGUGUGGCCGUAACCGCAAGAACAUCAAGUUCAUUGAAUCUGUCACGAACACAGCCAUCUACUUUCCCCCGCCCUUCUCCGGAUGCUACCGCUACUGCCCGCCUAACGCUCAGCGCAGAGACCCUUCCAAGGUCCUGAUCACGGGCGAGACGCCCCAGGCUAUUGAACAGGCCAAGUUCCGGAUUCAUGAACUCCUUACCCGUACCAGGCUCUUUGUCAAGGAUGUGACCAUUCCGCCUGCCAAGAUCGAUAGCAUCUUGCUCAGCCGCAUGGACAAAGUGCGGAAGAUUACCGAGGCGAACGGUGCUUUCAUCAUGUUCCCUUCGCUGGGAUCCAGGAAAGGUUUGGUGCGCGUACAGGCCGUAGAAAACCUGCAUAUUGAGCGGUCCCUCCGCGAGCUCAUGGCUUUGUUUUACACUGCGUCGUGGAUCUUCCUGCAACCGGACCCUCGCCAGCCCGGAAACAAGGAUAUUCAGGCAAUGCUCGGUGAUAUCUGCGCCAACUCGGACGCCGAUGUCUCUUUCGACCGGCAGUCCUUUACCAUCACCGGCUCUGACGAGUCCGUCAAGGCCGCCCUGAUGGUCAUCUCGCAGAUCAAGUUCGCCGUCCACUCCCCGUACCAGAUCCGUGUGCGCAUUGAGCUCGCCAACGAGCACAAAGAGUUUGUAAGCGGCAAGAAGAACGGCAAGAUCAACAAAAUCAUGGGGAGCAGCAACGUGCAGAUCAUGUUUGACAACUUUGGCGAGUACAACUUCAACAUCGAAGUCAUCGCCCAAACCUAUGAUUCGUUGAAGCAGGGCUUGGGUCUGGUAGAGCAGGAAAUGCCCGCGUCCAUCUCGUUCCACGUGCCUGAUCAAUACCACAAGCGCAUCAUCGGCAUUGGCGGGCAGCACAUCCAGCGCAUCAUGAAGAAGCACUCCGUCUUUGUCAAGUUUUCCAAUGCUAUGGAUCGUGGUGGCAUGGGCCGUGAGGACGAUGAUAGCCGGGUUGACAAUGUCAUUUGCCGUACCCCGGCGCGUAACGCCCAGAAUCUAGAGCUCGUGAAGAGCGAGAUUCUGGAAAUGGUGGACCGCGUAGACUCUGAGUUUACCUCGCAGGUUGUCAGCGUCGACCGCCUCUACCACCGCCAAUUGCUCACUCGGCUGAACGAGGUUGAGGAAUUGGAGAGGAAUUGGAACUGCAAGAUCGUCUUCCCCAGCACCGAGCAGGCGAGCGACGAGGUGACUGUCACUGGUCCUCAGUGGCUUGUGCCCAAGUGCAUUGACGAGUUUCUGGGCAUGGUUCCCGACAAGCACGAAAUGGUCCUUGAGCGGGCUUCGGAGCUGAUCAAGUACCUCGAGUCGCCCGAGUUCGUCCAGACCAUUGCCCCGAAGCUCAAGAGCCAGUACGAAGUUGAACUUACUGUGCACGAAAACUCGGAGGAACUCACCGAGGAUGGUUCGCCCACGGUUACUCUGCUCUGGACCUUCACGCGCAACAACGCGGGCGGCCUCCGCGAUGCCAUGGAAUUCCUCCAAACCCAGUUUGCCACGGCGGGUGUGGAACCCGUCAUCAUCAAGGGUGCUAUCCCGCGCCCCAAGUCGGACACCUUUGAGGAAUCGCUGCCCUUCUUCAACUCGAAGCUGCUCCAGCACGCACCGGCUCCAGUGGCCACCGACUCCCCGACCAGACCCACGUUUGGCGAGGAGGUUGCUCGCGAGCGGAGCAUCCUCGCGUGCCUCCGCAAGCCGGGAAGCAUGACCUCCAUUUCUUCGUUCCUGGAUCGCAGAAAGAACAGCUCCCAGUCGGCUGCCAACUUUUUCAAGGGCUCCAGCAACGUGUCCAAGUCGUCGCUCAUUUCGAUCGAGUCGACCCGCAGUUUCAACGCCGACCGCAACCCCUGGAAUGACAGCGGCGUCAACUUGCCCGAUGACGACGGCAACAUCUGGGGCCCCGGCUCAGCUUUCGUCAACGGCGUCGACAAGCUCGCGGUCCCACAGCCCGUCUUCGUGGUCUCGUUUUCCUCUCCUCUCUUUACCACUCCCGUCUGCAUGGUUAUGGAGAUGAAAACGGAGAUAGGAUCGUUCGUUCUGACGAGAGCUUACGGCGUGGUUCGGUGCAUCAGCCGGUGA